UUCCAAGAUAGCAGUGGCUGCAGGGCAGCUGCUGCAUUCAGCUGUGACCUCUGUCUUCUAGACAUGGGCCCGGGUUCUCUUGUUCUCCAGUCCCUUGUCCUGGAAGGAGUGCAGACAGCCUAAACAUCGCCAGUGUAUGGCCUGGCCCAUGUCCUGAUCCAGGCACAGGCAGCCCCUGGCAUGGAGGCUGUGGAGCCGGUUCCUCCGGCGGUGGACCUGGUGCUGGGUGCCUCAGCCUGCUGCCUGGCCUGCGUGUUCACCAACCCCCUGGAGGUGAUAAAGACGCGGCUGCAGCUUCAGGGAGAGCUGCAGGCCCCAGGUACCUACCCUCGGCUCUACCGUGGCUUGGUGGCAUCGGUGGCUGCUGUAGCCCGUGCAGAUGGCCUGUGGGGCCUACAGAAGGGGCUGGCUGCUGGCCUCCUCUAUCAGGGCCUCAUGAAUGGUGUCCGAUUCUACUGCUACAGCCUGAUGUGCCAAACUGGCCUUAGCCAGCAACCAGGCGGCACUGUGGUCGCAGGCGCCGUGGCUGGGGCACUGGGAGCAUUCGUGGGGAGCCCUGCUUACCUGAUCAAGACACAGCUGCAGGCCCAAACAGUGGCUGCCAUGGCUGUGGGGCACCAGCACCAGCACCAGAGCGUCUUAGGUGCCUUGGAGACCAUCUGGCGGCAGCAGGGCCUACUGGGGCUGUGGCGGGGCGUGGGCGGGGCAGUGCCCCGAGUCAUGGUGGGCUCAGCCACCCAGCUGGCCACCUUUGCCUCUGCCAAGGCCUGGGUACAGGAACAACAGUGGCUCCCGGAGGACAGCUGGCUGGUGGCCCUGACGGGCAGCAUGAUCAGCAGUGUAGCUGUUGCUGUUGUCAUGACACCCUUCGACGUGGUCAGCACACGGCUGUACAACCAGCCCGUGGACAGAGCUGGCAGGGGCCAGCUGUACAGGGGCCUCACCGACUGCCUGGUGAAGAUCUGCCAACAGGAGGGCACCUCGGCGCUCUACAAGGGCUUUGGCCCUGCCUACCUGCGCCUGGGCCCUCACACCAUUCUCAGCAUGCUCCUCUGGGACGAGCUGCGGAAGCUCGCCAGCCGGGCCCAGCACCAGGACAUCUAGGCCUUGUCCCUCCGCCCAUCCUGACGGUCCCACACGUGGCCAGAACGAUGGCCCAGGGUCCCUGCCCAGGUCCUGCAUGGGUUUAUGGAAAGUGCCGGCCACUCUGGUCAACCCAGCCCCUGAGGGCCAGCGUCUGCGCUGAAUCACCACCCCUCCAUCCUCAUCCUUCUCCGCCCUGGGCCACCACACCCCAGCCCCCUGGCUCGUUCUCAGAGGAGCAGCUAUGGCCGCAGUACUGCCAUGAGCUCAGCUGUUUAGCUUGUGGGGCCCUCCGACAGAUAGCAAAGUCCUUUCACCCCAGGGAAGCUGAGGCCAGGACGGGUGACGAGGUCCGGGCCAAAGCCACACAGCUGGAACUCAGCUCUGACAAGAGCACGGCUGUCCUAGAACUGUGGGGCUGGAGCGAACUUUAGGGGUCCCUGUCCAUGUGAAGAGACUGUGAUGUCCUCCCGUCUGGUUUCUAGGGCCACUCUAACGGUGCCACAUAGUCUGGGACUUAAACACUAGAGAUUUAUUUUCUCACAUCUGCAGGCUACAAGUUGGAGGCUAAGGUGCUGGUAGGGCUCAUUUCUUCUCUCCUUCCCCUCCCUCCCUUUCUGUCUUGUCUCUGUCUCUGUCUCUGUCUCUGUCUCUGUCUCUGUCUCUCUCUCCCCUCCUUCCUUCAGGGUAGAACCCAGGGCCUCGAGCAUGCUGGGCUUAUCCUCUAGCACAGAGCUGCAGCCAGCCCAGGGCUGCUUUCUCCUAAGACUUCUGUCCUUGGCUUGUAGAGGCCACCUUCUUGUGUCCUUCUGUGUCCUGCAUCUGUGUCCUAACCCCCUUUUAGAAGGACAACAGUCAUGUUGGACUCAAGCCCGCCCCACUGAGCCCAUCUUAACUAAGAGAUGAUUUUGCCUGCCUCCAUGUGCUGUCACAGCCGGGGCUCCCAGGGUGGAAUCUGGGGACAUAAUUCACCCAGCGCCAUCUGAGGGCUUUUACUGAGGGCCUCCUGACAAUCCCAGAAGGGUGCUUGGAGACGCCCACUGUUCAGGAGGGGCCGCCUCCUCCCAGGAGAGUGGCAGGGUGGAGCCAGGGUAGGGCCAGAAACACAGCCACCCCCCACGCCUGCACUGACCUUUGUACUGCAAGGUGGACACAGUGCCUUGCCAAGGUGGACAGCCCAGUCACAGCCCGAUGACCUUCACUGCCACACCCGCCACAGUGUGUGCCCCACCGCACACUCUAAAACAAUAAAGUUUUCUAUUUUGUUUA